AUGGAAAUGAACAGGUUGCGGUCAAUGAUUAAGGAUCGUAUGAGUAAUAAUGCUAAGAAAUACUUCGAACCAUUGCUCAAAAUAGCUGACGAAAAAGAGCAAAAGGUCUCACAAGUGGUUUCCGGUGCUGGUUCAAGCAAACUUCUUGCCGCAAUACCUCAGGGAAAGAGCAAGAGUAGUGAAAAGGUCGAUAGCCUUGGCAAAGAAAUAGAACAUGAAAGAACCAGCAAUGAAAAGAAGGGAACGUCUAGCUUAAGGGUGAAACGAAUGUUGGAUCCAACCGAAGCCUCUCAACCUAAUCAAAAGCCGACGUUAUCGACGAUUGCUGGUUUGCUGAAGUCUGCAAGCGAAGAAAAGGUAUCCAAGCCGCCGAAGGCCCAAAAGAAGCCGAGCAAAGAAGAACACAGUCCGGAAGUCCAGGGUAAACUCACAACUGCAGAAGCGCCAAAGAAAGCGCCACCUUCACCUAAGAGCCCUUCAAAAGAGGAAGAUACGACCUCGUCGACAUCACCUGCAGGAACAGUCAGAAAGAGGUCUAAGACACCUGAACGGAAACCACCCAAUGAGAAAAGCUUACCCUUGCCGCAAGUGGUUGUUACUUCAGAGUCGCCUGUACCUGUCACCACGACUAAGGCAGCAGAGACUACAGCAGAAGUAAAACCGUCUGUUUCGAUCAGGAAGAGAUCAAAAACGCCCGAAAGAAAGUCGCCGGAAGCUAAGAAACCAAAUAUCCCUGAGGUGUUAGUAACCUUGCCAACGAAGAGCACAUCCACUGUCGAAGAGAAGACCUUCAGCUCUUACAGCUCAAAGAGUACGGGAAAUAGUCUACAAAAGAAAGGAAUUUCAAAGCCCGUGGAGAGUAAAAUCAUUUCGAAUGCUGAGAACGGCAAAAAGAAGCCGGAAGCUGUCGAUACUGCCGAUUCUCCACUCAAGAGAGUUGCGAGUGCUGGAAAUCCUGCACCAGAUGCGGAGAAAGCGGAACGUAGGUCAUUGUAUGACAAGAAGUUGACUCCGACUGAUGUCAGUGCUGCCAAACCACCGAGGCCGACAUCUCCAGUAGAUUCGGCAGAAAAGACAUCACUGAAGAAAACCAAAUCGCCAUCACCUGGAGGGCAAUCUAUCUCUAGUACUGCUGCUAGCACAGAUGAAGGUUCUACUAAGAGCAAGGGUACAGAGCUGAAAACGCGGGCUUCUUCCAGCGAGCGAACAACUGCCGAAAAGCCCAGUGAUCAAGAGCCUAGCUCAUUGAAGGUAAGGAAGUCAUCGGCUCCUGAGGCAAUCAUCACCACACCUCCCAAGAAGACUGUGUUGGGAGCUCCUCAGAAUCCUCCCAACGACGUCAGUAAGACUACGCCGAACCGUAUACAACGAUUUGGUAGCUCAGAAAGCGGUGAAAGUACAAAAGAAAAUCGAAGUGUGGAGGAAAAGAAGCCGACAAGACAGGUGAGUGUUGCUGCGUUCAUAAACUAG